AUGAAGGAGUACUCGCUGCUGGGGCCAGCUGCAGUGCGAACGCUAGUGGUUCCUAUAGGGCAGUGGGAGCGCAAGAGCUUUUUGAAGAAGGUGCAGCUGUACCAAGAACGCUUUGAAGCUCGACUAGUGGAUAUCACGCCGCUUGAAGAUGCAACCUUCAAUCCCCAAGGGUUUCCUCAAGGCCGCCUUAUGUUUUGGUUUCAUACCAACAUGCUUAACGAGGAGCAGAUGCUUUUCUUGCAUGACUUUGAGCCUUACAGAAAGACGUUCGUGGUCGUAGGCCUUGUUAACACCCUGGACCAAGAUCCGCAAAGCUCACUCGAGGCACUGCAGAAAAGAUACCCUGACUCGAUAUCUCACAACCUGGUGUACUUUGGAGUUAGUGCCCCAGAGUCCAAGAAUGUAUACUGCGCGACUAGCUCUAACGUGGAGACCACGGUAUGCGACAUUGGGAGAAAUUUCUUGGAGGCAUUGAGUCUCUAUUACUCAUCCUACAAACAUGUUACACUGCGAUCUCCUGGUGCUGUAGGUGGUGCAUCAGUCACCAAAACUUCUCUGAUGCGCCAGCCGGCCGCGGCGCCCGCGUCCGCAGUAUCUAGAGUUGCCUCAAUGGAUACGAGUUCCACUUCCGGUCUCAAGCGCAGCGGCUCAAUCAAAUCCCUUGGUUUGAAUGCGACUUCGGCGGAUCAACAAAGGGCAAAAGCGCGACAGUGCAAAAUUCUAGCCAACUUUCAGCUUCUGGCUGGGAGGUAUGUGGACUCUCUGAACAAUUUUGCCGAUGCCGCUUUCACCCUGCACAAAUACCACGAUUACAUUUGGUUAGGAAGUGCCUUGGAGGGCCUCAUAAUUUCUAUGGUAUUGCUCAGCCAGUUGCGUGUGUCUUUCCAGAUUCCCGCUAUCGUCUCACUUCUAUGCCAAAUAAAAGAUUUUGAGCAAUUGCCUCAAGCUACCAGCUCGCAAAGGAACAGCCUGUCUUCUGCUCCAAUGCAGUCCCCGAGGAAUUCUGUUAGCUCAAUGUCCUCAAAAGUGCAUACUGUGGAUGUCCAGAAUGUCGCAUUGCCUCCUCUCAUCAAGGCUCUUAGCGAGAAAACCCUACACUACUACGAAGUCAGCUUAUCACAUAAUACAGAAUACGCUCCUCAAGUUGUAUACUGCGAGCAUGUGUUACGCAUCUUGAGCUACAUGACUUCCUAUCACUACCCUCGCACCUCAAGCAAAAUACCAUCCCAGUCGGAUGGCAUACAAACUCCCCGGAACUCCAACCCUUUGUGGACCCAAGAUUCUUCAGCUGACUGUUUCACGAAAUGGGAGAUUUGUCAAUUUUCGAAUAAGCUCUUUGAGCUGCAACUAAAAGAAAUGGACUUGGUGUCUCAAAUUAAAAUUUACACUUCACUCGCAUGUAUUUACCGAGACAUUGGGUUUCACAAGAAGCAAAGUUUUGUUUCACGCAUUCUCCUUGUUAGCUUGCUACCUCAGCUGGAGUCAGAAGCCAUUUUUAACUUUUGGAAAGAGACAGAAGAGGAGACAUUGAAAUCACUGCUUGGUGCUUAUGGCAUACAUCGUCAACCAGAGACCCUGAUAGAAGACGCUGCAGAUUGUUCUUGGGUCACGAUACAGAAGAACAUACUGCUUUUGUGCAUUUCAAUGGCCUCAAAAAUUUACGACAAGCAGAAAGUUUGCGAAUAUUCAUUAAUUCUGCUCCAAAGAUACUCUCAUGUUUUGACCCAAAGCGAGCAGAAUAGUCUGCUCCAGAAUAACAUUCUCCCUGCCGCAGGCGAUACCAAUAUACUCGGUUAUUGGGACCCAUUUCUCUUAAGAAAUCUUCAAAUAAUACAUCUGGAGAAUCGUCGAGAAGUUCCACAAGAGAAGCUAAUCGGAGCCGAGGAGCCUGGAGAAACGAAGCAGCGCCAUUCUCAAGUAUUCAAUCCAUUCAAGCAAAAUGCCAUAAAUAGCGUGACAGAUCAGAAACGCGUCUCGGAAACAGCAAAAAAAUUUCUUCUUGGAGAAACUGCUGAGCUGGUCUUGACAUUCCAGAACCCCUUCAAGUUCAAUCUCGAGAUUUCCCACUUGUCAUUUGAUGCUGACGACGAAAAGCUUGUUCAGUUUUUGAAGGACAGUACCAUACGUGAGCUUCCAUUCAGAGUGAAAGCCAAUUCUAUGCGGUCUCUGCACCUUCCAGUGACAUUUCUUAAGGAGACUGGUGGAAAAACCCAUCUGCUCAAACGUCUUAACGUGGGCGUCCUUAGCUUGAAACCUACCUCAUUGAAUAUUGUACUGGCUGAGAAUUUCAAAAAUCCAGAAAAACACACCACCUCAAGAGCUAAGCUUGGAAGCUUUGAGUUCCAAGUAAUAGCCGAGCAGCCUGAAAUUGAGUUUAUGUCGAGCACUCUCAAUGAAAAUACGUGCAUGAUAUUGGACGGAACAAAGAAAACUUUCGAAAUUGUACUGAGAAAUCAAUCGCUCUGCCGAUCAGCCAACUAUCUACAGUUCACGCAUAUUACGAACGUUGAAAUGAACUUGAAGAGUGAUUACUGGAAGAACAUGUCACCUGAUGAUUUGUAUGAUGCCGAGUACCAAUUGAAAUGGAUGCAGAACAACUGUAUCAAAAUUCGCAACGCCCCAGAUACAAUUCCUCCUAACACCUCAGUCACGUUGAGCUUAGACCUUGACGUUACCAAAGCAUCAUUCCAGUUUUCAAAGUUUGAAAUUGUUUUGGAGUAUGGUUAUAAGCCGGAUGGAACAGCACGUUCCAUUUUCACCAAGACUUUACGCAUUCCGUUUGAUGUUACCCUAAAGAGAAGUUUAGAAGCACCAGGCCUGGAAGUUAUACCGUUGAUAGAGCAUAUUAGAGGAGAGGACGGCGCCCUAAUUUCAACUGAUCGUAUUAAUGAUAAAGCUACAAGUAAUCAUUCCGCAAAAACAGGUUCUGCCCUUCUCUUACUGGAUAUUCGGAAUUCAUGGUAUGAUGGGGCAAAGCUACGAGUCCACUUCGAAGACUAUUCAAGCGAAGAGGAAAUUUUGGCCUCUACAAAUACAAAAAGGUUUGUGAUACCGAUCAAAAAAUACUCUUUUGAUCAUGAUUGGGAUCACAAAGAAAUUCCAAAACUUGUAAGCGGUCGACAAUUUGUAAGUAGUGGAAUGGCCCAGGAUGAAAUCACCAUUAUGCGGCGCAAAUUCUGGUGUCGUGAAGCUAUCUUGAAGGGUUUGAAAUGUGACUGGAAGCUUCAAGAUGCAAGCCAAACAGCGGGGUCCCUUGACUUCCGUCAGUUCCUGGAUAAAUUUGAUGCUCGGACUGUCGACAUCCUUUAUACUCAAAGAGAUAGUCCUUUCAACGUUGAAAUAUCAACUCAAAGAUCUGAGCUUCGCCUGGGUGAGACUCUAAGCAUUUGCGCAAAAAUAGGCUUUAACCAGAAGUUCCCUUGUUCUGAGACAAAGCCAGCAAAAUUGGAGUUUCUGAUCUACAACCGCCGGACUGGAAAACUCUUGCCCAGAUCGAAUACUAGCAUCCUUUACAACGGUCAGCUAUCAAAGCGUAUUAUUCCCAAAUAUGACUCUGAGGUUAAAAUAGAAUUAGUUCCGAUCGAUAAGGGCGAUUACGAGGUGGGUUGUUGCUUAGAGUCAGUGUUCAACGAUGUUCCUGUCUAUUUCCGUGUAAUAUGA